AUGUCAAGGGUUGGGGCCGACGAGAGUGUCAUCCACAUCAAGCCGUGUUCCAGCAACCAAGAGGUUGAGGAAACGAAAUCGGCCCACGAGAGCGGGGUAGCAGGCACCGGACCAGAUGGAGGAGGAGGAUCCGCCACCGGCAAUGCGGACCAAGUCCACCAGAUAGCCUAUCUGAUGCAGCUCGCACAGUGCCUGGAGGUCGGCCUACCCUACGACGUCCGGCAAAGAAGGGUCUGCAGCGCCGCUGCUCGUUUGGGCAAACCGGGCCUCCUUGAGUUCGCGAAAGCUAAUCGUUGCGGGUGGACCCCAGCGACUUGUGCUGAGGCCGCCAGGGGGGGACACCUUCGGAUUCUCAAAAGGCUUCGGGGACAGGGCUGCGGCUGGGAUGCAAAUACAUGCCGGCAGGCUGCCACGGGGGGUCACCUCCAGGUCCUGAAAUGGGCGAGGUCAAACUGGAUUUGGUAG